AUGGGAAUAACAUUGUCAUCCUUAUUCCAGAGAUGGUACCGCGAGACAGCGGGCGGCGCGCUACGCGAGCUACGCGAGGGCGAGGGCGGAGGGCGUUACACACGCGGUGCGUGGGCGCUGGGCGUGCGCCGCGCGGACGUGGCGGACGCGGGGCGCUGGGCGUGCCGGGCGGCCAACGCCCACGGGCAUGUCACCGCGCGCGCGCUGCUGGCCGUGCACGCCGCGUUGACUGUGCAUGCGCAGCCGCAGCUGCAGGUGGUGAACAGUGGCGGCACAGCAGUCAUCAACUGCACAUGGGGUGGCUGGCCUGCGCCGCGGCUGGAGUGGCUGCACAACGGGGCGCCCCUGGGCUCGGGCGUCACCGGGGGCAGGGUGCGGGUGGCGGGCGGCGGGGACCAGCUCGUCAUCGCUUCCGUGCAGCGCGCCGAUAGGGGGGUCUACCAGUGCAUGGCCAGGAAUGAGAGGGAUUCCGCGCAGGCGUCGUCCGAGUUGCGGCUGGGAGAUACGGCCCCGGAGCUGCAGUACACGUUCAUCGAGCAGGUGCUGCGUCCGGGGCAGGUGGUAACCCUCAAGUGUUCAGCAUCAGGGUCGCCCGCGCCGCACUUCUCCUGGUUGCUGGACGGACAGACGCUCAACACCAUGACUAGGGGACACAGAUACAACAUCGAACAGUUCGGCACAAAGAACAACGAGAUCGUGGGGUACCUGAACAUAUCCUCGGUGAGGUCGGAGGACGGUGGGCUCUACACCUGCAAGGCCUCCAACUCACUCGGAGACGUGUCCCACACAUCCAGACUCAACAUUUAUGGCCCACCUUAUGUCCGAUCUAUUGGACCCAUCAGAGCGGUGGCCGGUCGAGAACUGGUUUUGUACUGCCCCUACUCUGGGUAUCCCAUCAGCUCAGUUAAGUGGGAGCGGGACGGCAGCCCUGUCGAGUGGGACGGGGGCGGCGAGGGCACUCUGCGCCUGAGCCGAGUGGAGGCGGCGCACGGAGGCACCUACUCCUGCGCGGUCGCCGGCCCGCACGGCGAGAUCGCUAGGAGGGACCUGCAACUUAUUAUUAGCAAUCCCCCGGAGAUCGAACCAUUCUCCUUCUCGGCCAACCUGCAGGAGGGCAAGCGCGCGCAGGUCAGCUGCAGCGUGACCUCGGGCGACAUGCCGGUGCACUUCACCUGGCUCAAGGACCGCCUACCCAUUCCCUCCGAGUUGCAGGUGGAAGAGCGGGGCGCUGACUUUUUCAGCAACCUUGUAUUCAAGGAAGUGACGGCCCAGCACAGUGGCUCGUACACCUGUGUGGCCUCCAACUCCGCCGCCAAGGUUAACUAUACGGCUGAGCUGGUGGUGAAAGUGUCCCCCAAGUGGGUGACGGAGCCCAAGGAGGAGUCGGUGCUGGCCGGGGAGCCGCUCGCGCUGCACUGCCAGACCAGCGGGUCCCCGCCGCCGCAGGUCACCUGGCUCAAGCAGAGAGGAGGCGGCUCCUCAGACUACAGCCCGCUAGUGAACCUGGGCGGGCGCUUCCAGUUCCUCGGCAACGGUACGCUGUGGAUCGAGGCCGCGCUGCCCUACGACGAGGGACACUACAUGUGUCGCUCGGAGAACGGAGUGGGCAGCGCGCUUACUAAGAGCAUCUUUGUUGCUGUUAAUGAGCCGGCGCGCUUCGAGCAGACAUCCCACAACAUGACGGCGCGCCGCGACUCGCCCGCCACGCUGUUGUGCGACGUGCGCGGCGACCACCCCCUGCGCGUCGCCUGGGCGCACAACAUGAACCAGCUAGAUCUUAAUACUUAUAGGUUAAGCAUUUCCGAAGCAAAGACUGAUAGUGGUUUAAGGUCCCAGUUAUACAUAAGCAGAGCCGACCGGCAGGACUCGGGCGUGUACAAGUGCCAGGCCGUCAACGCGUACGGACACAGCGACCACUACAUCUACCUCUCCGUCCAAGAGAAGCCCGACAGCCCGCACUCGCUAGCCGUCACAGAGAUCCAGAGCCGCGGCGUCCGGCUGUCCUGGAGCCAGGGCUUCGACGGCAACUCCCCGCUGCUGGGCUACUCGCUGCAGGCGGCGCCGCUCGGGGCGCAGGGCUCGCAGCGGUGGGAGAACGCAAGGACGCUCAAUGUGACGCUGCAUGGGCAUGGCGCUGACCCGCACUCGCCUGUUGUGCUAACAAAGAAAGGCGAGCUGCACUUCGAGGCGCUAGUAAACAACCUGCAGCCGCACACGGCGUACAUGAUCCGCCUCGCCGCCUACAACCAGAUCGACCGCAGCGAGUUCACUGAACCUGUUGUGGUCAAGACUCAGGAGGAAGCGCCUUCCGAGCCGCCGAGCAGCGUGCAGGUGACGGCGGGCGGCGCGGGCGAGCUGCACGUGUCGUGGCGCCCGCCGCCGCGCGAGGCGUGGCACGGCGAGCUGCUGGGCUACACGGUCAGCUGCGCCGAGAUGUCGCCUGCUGGUGUACUGCUGCGAAACACCUCCAGAACGCUGACAGUGAACGGCUGGUCAGCAUCAGAGCUGAGUCUGUCGGCGCUUCGCAAGUUCACCCGCUACGAGGUGCGCGUGCGCGCGUUCAACGCGGUCGCCGCCGGGCCCGCCUCUGCACCUGUCUCUGCAACAACGCUGGAAGGAGUGCCAGAGUCCCACCCUAUGCGAGUGACCUGCUCGGCUCUUUCCUCGUCCAGCAUGAAGGUCUCAUGGAGCCCGCCGCCGCCGGGCCAGCACGGCGGACUCAUACAGGGGUAUAAAGUUAUGUACGCGCCGCUUACGGCCGACCAUGCGGACGUAGGCGAGAUAAAGCGCGUGACAACCACAGAGACGUACCUGCACACGCUGCACAAAUACACGAACUACUCGGUACAGGUGCUGGCCUUCACCGGUGCGGGCGACGGCAAGCGGAGCCCGCCCGUCUACUGCCUUACUGAGGAGGAUGUGCCCUCAGCGCCGCAGAAGAUCAAGGCGUUGGCGUUCUCGAGUGACUCGGUGCUCGUGAGCUGGCUGCCCCCCCUACAUCCCAAUGGCAUCAUCACUCACUACACGGUGUAUUAUCGGGAGGCUGGCAGACUAGGCAAGCACUCGAGCUUCACCGUCCCGGCAGACGGCACCCCGGAGCUGGAGCUGGUGUUCCAGGUGCGCGCGCUGCGGGAGAGCCAGCUCUACGAGUUCUGGGUGUCGGCCAGCACCGCGCCCGGCGAGGGCGACGCCACGCUGGUGGUGGGGCAGGGGCCCAGCUCCAGGAUCCCAGCCCGCAUAGCGUCGUUCGGCGGCGUGAUCACGCGCGGCGCGGGCGCGGGCUGCGUGCUCCCGUGCGCGUGCGUGGGCGCGCCGCCGCCGCGCUCGCGCUGGACGCACGCGCGCGCGCCCGUCACGCACCACACCUACUACCAGGUCACGCCGAGGGGGCAUCUGCAUAUACGAGAAGUAAACGAGCAUUCCUCAGGCAACUUCACGUGUACGGCCACGAACACGAUAGGAGAGGACUCUAUAACGUACACGGUGAUCGCCAUCCUGCCGCCGUCGGCGCCGCCGCUGUCGCUGCAGUACACCACCGCUUCUAGUAUCAAGCUGCACUGGCUGCCUCCUAGAGAUGGAGGAUCACCUAUACUGGGAUACCUGCUACAUUUCAAGCACGCUGCCGAUAGCGACUGGCACAUCAUCGACAUAUCACCAGAUACGUCGACUUAUACAAUGGAUAUGCUCAAAUGUGGUUCUACGUACAAUGCAAAGAUUCAGGCCAAAAACAAAGUAUCGAUUGGACCACCCAGUGAUGUCCUAACAGCAACUACUAGGGGUGGACGGCCAAAGCCUCCAAAAGCUGAAGAACAUGUGUACAUGAACUCCACAGCAAUUAAAAUAAACUUCUACGCGUGGCGCGAUGGCGGCUGUCCGAUACUCGGCUUCCGCGUAUCUUACAAGAGAGCUGGCACAGAACACUGGAUAAAGGUCGGUAUGAUAGAUAUCGCGUAUCUUGUGGGCGACGAUCUAAACUCGGCCAGCCACGUGCUGGGUGACUUGACUCCCGCGACGUGGUACGAGCUGUCCAUCGAGGCGUACAACGACGCCGGAGCUGAAACUGUCAUGCUACUGGCUGACACACAUACUUUAGCAGGAGCCCGAAUCCCUCCAAUGAAGCCGUCCUCCCCGCUGUCCGGCGGCGAGCGCCGGGCGUCGUUCCGCACGGUGCUGCUGUCCUGCGCGGCCAGCGCCGUCGUCAUCGUGGCCACGCUCGCCGCCAUUGUAUGUGUCGUGCAGGGGAAGCGGAAAUUUUUCUGUAUAUCAAGCGAUCACUACAUGCGUGAUGAUCGUAAACUAAGUGAAAGUAAUGAAGCAGAGAGGGAAAAACUUAGAGAAGGACAGAAAUUAUACUCUUCUUCUUCUAUAAAUGGAAAUGAAAAGUCGAAUGACGACUCUUCAGCAGAACUGUACGAAAUAAGUCCGUACGCCACUUUCGGAGUCUCCGAGGGGGCGCACUCGCUGCACUUCCGCACCUUCGGCCGGAGAGAGGACGAGGCCGCGCCCCCGCACCGCCACCGGAGAGAACGGAGGCAUCGGGCGUCCUGCGACCACUAUCGAUAUGACGAGUCAAGCCUCUCGAAAUCGUCAACAGUGGAGGCGCGGCACCGGCUGCGCGCGGCCUGCGCCGGCGCCGGCUGGCGGGAGCCCCCCACCGACUCCGACGACAAUAGCGACAGCCUCGCCAAUACCACUACUAAAGGGUCGGUGGGGUCGGGCGGCGGCAGCGCGGGCUCGGGCGCGCGCCGCGGAGCCUCCAGCGCUACCACAAACGGGAGUGACGGUGUACCGGCCGGCAGCUUCGCCCCCGUCGCCGCUGAUAUAUCAUCACUGAUCGACAAAUACCAACAGAGAAAGGAGCAGGAACGGAGGGAGUGCACCAUCCAUGUUUAGAUUAAGUAUAAGAUACUUCCUGCAUAUUAUUAUUAUUAUUUAUUAGCAUUCCAGGAAUUAUUUGGUGUUUAGCGUCAAUACAACUGUUUCAACAAAAAAAUUGGGAGAAUCAAACUUUUUUACAUGAGGAAUACCUAAUAAUACGUAUACUUAUAUGAUCUCUUUGCAUUAUGCAGAAAGGGUUAAUAACUGAAAUCCUGUAAAUCCUGUAUUAUCCAAAAAACCUAGAUAUUUUCCAUAAAGUGUGGUUGUUCCGAAAAAAACAUAAAUUGCUAUGAAUUCUAACAUUACUAACCUAUCUACUUAUUAGGUACAAGCUCAUACUGUCAUACUUAGUAUAAAAGAUACGGAUAUUGUUGACUUUUGUUGUAAUUAAACCCUGUUAUUUUGUAAGAGUAUAGAUUUUAACAUGGAGAUUUGUAAAUAAAAUUAUUAGAGUACCUUUCUUAAAUUUAUGUAAAGAUUGCUGCUGUGAGAAAGAAAAGAAGUGCCAUUGAAUGGAAUUAAUGCUUGAUUAAUUACAGAAAAAAAUAUUAUGCGUCAAAGUAAAAAAACUAUUAGGUACUUCCCGGCUAUUUUAAAUCUUAAAGUAGGCACUUACUACCUCGGUUCACAGAGGUAAAAUACACUAUUUAGCUUCAGCGAAAAGCAGAGAUGACUUGCGAUUCACCUCUUGCUUCCCUUCGGGGAUUACAGUGGUGAGCAUAGUUAUAAUUAAUUAAAUACGUAUGAAAACUGAAAAGUUAAGUCAUGUACGAGGUAGCACUGCUGAGGUACAGCUCAAUUAAAGUUUUAUCUUUUUGUACCUAUUUAUUUAUGUACCUAUUAUGUAAUGGUAAAAGCGAGUCUUCUUUUU